AUGAAUCUUCCUCAAAACAUGCACGUCAAGCUCCAACGUGCCCCCACAAACCCUGUCCGUGUCAAGUCCGAGAGCUCGUUCUCUCGAAAGGGUCACGCGAUGGUUAAACCGAGACCCCCGCCAAAUCCAGAUUUGCUGGCCCUGUGCAAAAUCCCGUUCCCGCCAUCGGCUUUUCUAGUCCCCUUAUUGUAUCCGCCUCCAUCCAUCUCCAUUAUUGUAGACGUUUCGGCAAUAGCCCGUUCGGGAUUUAAGCUUCGGAGAAGUGUCGAGCCAGCCGAUUGGCUAAACGCCGAGUGUGAAAAAGAGGGCCGUGCACUUUCCACACCGUGGGUGGCAACGAGGCGUUUGAAAGAGCCCCCAAAGGCGGCACAAGAUAAACCCGACGCCACAGUUGCCAUGUCGCACCACGGAGCGCUUGCAUGGCGCCAUCCAAAGCUGUGGCUGGCACUUUAUCCUGCGCAAUCAAACACAAUCAGUGCGCCAAACUCUGAUGGCUAUUGCGUCAUGACAGCCGGCAGCGAGAGGAUAUAUAUAGGAGACGAGACGAGCCUUCCAGCCUCAAUCGAGACAGCCUGA